UUUUUCCUGUCCUUCGUGAGACGCACCUCCCGUCUAGUUGCGGAGCGCCCCGGCCCCCGGCCCCCUAGCUCGUCUUCCUCCUCGCGCGAGCGCCGCCACCCCUCCCUCCUUUUGGCCCAUCUCGCUGCCGAGCGUCCCAGCCCCCCCUCUCGUCUUCCUCCUCGCGGCGCCGCCGCCACCCACCGCCGGUUGAUCUCCCCUUCGAUUCUCUCGCUCCCGACCGUUUCUCCUCCCAUCACCCAACGAACCGAUUCUGCCCUUUAGCCCCCCUUUUCAUCUCCUUAAUCUCGCCCAAUUCGUACUGAGGCAAAAUCAAGAUGGACGGAAAAGGAAGCUAUGUGCCGCCUCAGUAUGUUCCAUUAUAUGGUGUAGACACUGAAGAGGAUCACGUUCCUGCAGCGGAGGAGAAUACUUCUGCACGCCAUAAAUUAAGCCGGGAUCCUACACAAUGGUCUUCAGGCAUCUGUGCUUGUUUUGAUGAUCCACAGAGCUGUUGUAUUGGUGCGGCUUGCCCCUGCUUCCUUUUUGGAAAAAAUGCACAGUUCUUGGGUUCUGGAACUCUUGCUGGAUCAUGCACUACACAUUGCAUGCUUUGGGGUCUUCUUACAAGUUUCUGCUGUUUGUGUACCGGGGGACUUGUAUUAGCAGUUCCGGGGUCUGCUGUUGCUUGUUAUGCUUGUGGAUAUCGCCAAACACUAAGAGCAAAGUACAAUCUUCCGGAAGCACCAUGCGGCGAUUUGACGACCCACUUAUUCUGUCACUUGUGUGCCAUAUGCCAAGAGUACAGGGAGAUCCGUGAGAGAACAGACAGUAGCAGCUCUUCAGGUCCUAGUGUCACCCCACCUCCAAUUCAGACAAUGGAUGAACCUUGACUGGAGCAGAUGAUAUAUACAUAUCCAGUCUGACAAUUGUUUGACCAUUUAUGUUGUAUUCACACGGUACUUCUACGAGCUCAGGUUUGUAGAACUGUUGUAAAGUUAAUCUGUAACGCAAAAAGGUGUACCUUAUUUAGCACGGCUGUUAAAUGUAACAUUAUCUUUUUAUACAUUUAUUUUGGGGGUUGAGAUUGGAAAGGAAAACAAAAGAAGUGAUUUCCUAUUUCCUCUGGUAAAAUGUUCUGCUGUAUCAUUGCUUAAGGCUUGCAAUAAUGCAACCGUUCCUGCCUUGUUUAUGGUAA